AUGGCGGUGAUCAAGAAGGGCGGUUCUCUCAAGCAGACCAUCCUGUUUGUCGCCCAGCUUGUCGAUUUAUUCCUCACAACCAGGGACAAAGAUGUUCUAGGCUUCGAGACGUGGAUUAACAAGGAUGGGAACUUCACCAGAACGCUGUCAGAAACUCCUCCUCCAGCCACCCAUGUGGUUGGACAGUCCACUUUCGUUGAUUUCGAUGGUGAUGGGUUCCAGGACCACCUCUUGCCAGUGUGUAUGGACCCCAGCUGCGUGAGGAGUGCCAUCUAUCUGUCCAGGCCAGGAGACAAUCAGUGGUUACCCGUGCUGGCUGACUUCCAGAACAGGGACACGCUGUGGGGCUUCGUGCCCCCUGCACAGGCUCCUGGGGAAACGAGCCAGCCCAUCACCCUCCACCUUGGGGACUACAACCUGGACGGCUUCCCGGACGCUCUGGUCAUCCUGCACAACACCAGCAGCAGCGACCAGCAGGCCUUCCUCCUGGAGAACAUUCCGUGUAACAACGCCAGUUGCCAUGACGUUGGGCGGAUGUUCCGGGUGCACUGGGACCAGUCAGACCUGGGGGCCAUCCCCAAGGCUGCCGUGGCAACCUUCUUUGACAUCUACGAGGAUGGCAUAUUAGACAUGAUGGUGCUGAGCCGGGCUGAGGGGAAGGACGAGUUCCUCAUCCACGCUCUGAAGAACAACUUUGAAGCAGACGCAUACUUUGUUAAAGUGAUUGUACUCAGCGGCCUCUGCUUAGGUUCCAACGACUGUCCUCAGAAAGUCAAGCCGUUCGGGGUGAACCAGCCAGGCCCCUACGUCAUGUACACCUCUGUGGACUCCAACGGCUACCUGAAGAACGCCUCUGCGGGCCAGCUGAGCCAGUCGGCUCACCUCUCCCUGCAGCUGCCCUACACCGUGCUGGGCCUGGGACGCAGCGCCAACUUCCUGGACCACCUCUACGUGGGCAUCCCCCACCCUCCCGGACACAAGGAUGUGAGGAAGCAGGAGUGGACUGCUAUCAUCCCCAACUCUCAGCUCAUCGUGAUCCCGUACCCACACAAUGAACCCCGCAGCUGGAGUGCCAAGCUGUACCUCACCCCCAGCAACAUCGUCCUGCUGACGGCCAUCGCUCUCAUCGGGGUGUGUGUCUUCAUCCUCGUCAUCAUCGGAAUACUCCACUGGAAAGAGAAGAAAGCGGAUGACCGGGAGAAGAGACAGGAAGCCCACCGCUUUCAUUUCGAUGCCAUGUGAAGGAGCUGCCGACCAGACGGGCAUUGUGGGCGAAGUGAAACGCAUGAACACACAUCACAUACGCACCCAUAAUACACAUCCAUCACACACAUACCACAUGAGCCACACACACUUCUAUACACUUCUUGCACAUGUGCUCAUGCCCCCAGACAAGUCCUCGUUGUGUGGAAUAGUAGGCGUGAAAAAAAUGUCAAUGUUUUCUUUCUUGGACAGUCAGUUGGCUGGCCUCCUUCAGGGCCCAUUGUGUUGACCGAGUUGAAAACGGAAUGUUUAAAUUGUUAUUUCUUCACCCUCAUGUAUUCCAAAUGCCAAAAUGUAGUUAUCACACUGGACCAUGGAGUUGGAUGGCUCUGACUUGAGAGAAGGACAUAUUCUUGUGUUCCACUGUAGCUCCGUUUAGGAAUGGGUACCACAUGGACACAGAGAGAUGCUACUCCAAUAUUUUGCAACAUUUCUGAAAUGUCUCGACCAAAUGUCAAAAUUCAGAUCAGUGAGAUUCCCCAACGUUUUGUUUUUGUUUGAUUGUUCAUCUGUUUGUGUGUUUGCAUUGCUACUGUAUAUGUGAUGUUACUUGAAAUUCCACUGACCUUCCUCUCAACCCUAACUUCCUGUCCGCCCUACUCAUAUCACUGGAAUGUACUCCUCUCCCGUCUUAACCUUUUUAACCUUGAAUCCUUUUUAUCCCAGUUGACUGUCCCCACCCCUGACAUGAACUUGUGAAAGGCUGCUACUGCUGCACUCUCCAGCUUGAUCCUCAUAGCUAGGCCUCGGGCAAAUACUGUCUCUGCUCAUAGUCAUAUUCCACUUAACAGGGUCCACUUGGUGCAUUUUGGAGAACCAAAUGGUCUAUAUGUGUACAAAAAUAAUAAUAAUUACGAGUCAACAAGGCUAACUAAAGCAUUACUGUGGCUCUGACUUUUAUUUGACCUUCAUCCACGAGUAGGAGGCAUAACCCAUGACUAAUCUGAAGCCAAGGCUUCCGCAUGUUUCCAUUUCAGACUAAUGGACAAAGUGUGUUGGAAUACCGCUGUCCAACCUUCAGCCAUGUUCUUGUGGUUUGCACUUUUGUACUAAUGAUCUUCAGCAUACAUGUCUAAUUUAUUGCAUUUUGGAGUCUUUGUUAAUUGGGUUUACAUGUUGAAUUUAUGAAGUGUUCAUUUGUGUUGAUUAACAACUGUGUUGGGGUUGCAAAUUA